AUGGGACUGACCAGCUCCCUGCUGGCCAGGUCAGGCGGGAAGCAUGCUUCCGGAGACGCUGUGGUUGAGUCUUCCAACCUGAACAAAGGCUCCGCUCGAGACUGCUCUACCAGAAAGAAAGCAGAUGAUUUGAAUGAAUAUGGGGUGACUACAGGGAAGGGCGAUGAGCCAAUCCGGACAGCCCCUCCCUCGGUGGUCAUUCCGUGGGUUCUGAGUGACGUGGUUGACUCGUUAAGCGAGACGGAUGGUUUGAGGAGAGGCGUCACGUGGGAGCAGCAUGCAGCCCGGUUGCGGGUCUGCUGGCAAGAGUACGGGGCCGAGUUUCCAAAGGAGUUUGCGGGGGCGCUAACCGGCUGCUUGGAAACAGGUGGCAAUGGAGAUCAGGUUGCAACUUUCCUGUUGGAUAUCUUUGCUGGGGAAGCAACCGGGGAGACUGAGAGAAUGCACGUGACAAAAGGGACGAAGGAGCUGUGGCCCUUGGUUUUCAGGAAGUGUCGACAGAGCUUGCUUCGGAAGAGAGAGCCAGACUGGACCUCCAUUCCCGCGAUAGAGUCCCGUCAAAAGAUCCGACAGCUGCUUUGGAAGUUGGAAUCUGUGGGCACCAGCAAGCAGCUGUGGAGCAAAAGGGUCUUCUCCUUUGAAGAGCAAAAAUUUGCAAACAAGAACGCCAAGAGACUGCUGAAAGCAUUGAAGAAACUGGAAAGGGGCCUUGAUCGAGUAGAUAGGGAAGCAAACAAGGUGAUUGGGGAAGCAAAGAGAGUUGCUAUCGAGGCAACCCUUAAGCCGGCGCCUUGGGAAGUGCACGUGGCGUCUGCUCCGCGGGCGUGA